GUUGACGAUGACAGCGGUAGGGAAGGUGCGGCCCAAGGAAGGAUCAUCCAUCCUUGUGCAUUUUUUAACUGCUGUACCUGCGCCGUCCGGCUGACCUCUCCUUCCUCUCAUCUUGCUUCUUGCUCCUGCAGUGCGACACUUAAUCAGAGUCGAUACCAGGAACCAAAAGUAUAUCAUGGCUGUCAACUCCAAAGUGGCUCAGGCCUACCUUAUCGACCCGCUCAAUGCUCCGGAACCGUCGCAAGAGACUGGCCCGGGUACGCAUUUCUACCCUCCCACGGCCGUCAAGACUCCCACUCCUACCGGAUCGCCUACUGUUUCUUCUCCCUCAUCAUCCAAGAACCCGUUCCGCGACUCCAUGAGCAGUCCCAAGGGCCAUGCCCGUCACUCUAGCAGGGGUUCGACCGGUAGCAACUCGAAGUUCCCGGACUUCCAGGAGGGUGCUUCUGCGCAUCGCCGCAACUUCAGUGGUGAACAUGGUUCUUCGCAUCGCCGUAACUUCAGUGGUGAACACAUCAUGGACGAGUCGUCUGCCGCCCGUCGUAGAGGUAGCUCGCUUAGCCAGCGCUACCCUGGCGACCUCUCGAACCAGCCUCUGAACAUGCUUAGAAAGGACAGCAAGAAGGCAUACCGUUCCCCUCACCUCAGCAAGCGUCACAUCCCUGGUGCCGACACCAUCGAUCGUUUGGACCCCACUCCCAACAAGCUUCCCUACCACCACGAGGGCCCCUAUGACGCUGCUCUGCUAGCCCGUAACACCAGCUUCGACUCCAGCCCAGUCGCCGCCCUCGAGGACUCUAACAGAGAAGCACUCAAGGCCACACCUGCCGAGAACAUCAAGGACUCGCUCACCAAGCAUAGACCGCUUGAUGGCGUCGCAAUUGUUCCUCCCGGUCAACGUGACCAGCUCGGCCGUGUCUAUCACUACGAGGAGGGAACAGAUAUGAUGCGUGAAGCCAAUCCUGAGGGCGGUGCUUACAAGCAGUGGCCUGGAAUCGACUACGACAGAGAUGACCUCAAGGGCAAGGGAGAACCCGCAUUUUCUCUUGACCGUGCGCUCAAGGCACACACCAUCAACGAAGACGGCGAGGGUGGCAUCGAGAUGUCAGACCGUCCGCUCAUGAGCGACUACGACAAGCAGAAGGACAGAAAGAAUCUCGACAGUCGCGACCCUGUCGAGAUUGCCGGCGGCGAGUCUCAUUAUGCCGAUCUCGCCAUCGCAAAUGACAGGGCCAUGGCAACCAAUACCGACGCCCACAUGACCCGCACAAGCAGUUUGCGAAAGGCAGGUGAGGGUCUCAAGAAGAGACUGAGCUUGGGCAAGAGACGUCAGGCAUAGGUCUUUUGAGCGUCUCUGACAUUUUCUUCUGUUCAUUUCGUUUCUCUUUUGUAUUUCAUAAGCGAUAGAUUUAUACGUUAUCGGCAUGAUUAUGGGUGGGAUGGAGACACUGGUUGGGAUUGGCCGAGAUUGGCCUUAAUAGCAAAUUGUAAGAUACGACAGAAUACCAGAACUUAUAACAUCAUAUACUAUCAAUAUUUGACACCGCCCUG